AUGAAUUUAAGUGAAAUUAAGAAUUAAUUUAAAGAUGUAAAAUCUCCUCGAUUUAGAGAAUCUAAUGCUUUUAGUUAAUAAGUAAAGGGUACUAAAAAAAAAUCUAUCCCAAAUAGCUUACCUAGAAGUCCAGAAUUAUUUGGUAGCACUAAUAACUCUUUUUACUAAAAUGGUUUGCCUUUGUCGCCUAAAAUUUAAUUAAGUUAGAACGAAAAGGUUAUUAAUAUACUCGAUUAAAGUGGCAUUCUAUUAUCUAAACCAGCUUGGAUGCUAUCAGGAACAGUAACUAAUAAAAGGACUAAAAACUAUAAAAAUAAUAUCAAUCUAAAUAUUGUAAGUAAAUUCAACUUAGAUGAUAAGAAAAAGAUUCCAAAAUUAACUCCAGUCUUGAUAACUCAUUAAACUUAAACAGAGCCAGAUGAAAAAGCGAAAAAUGAAAGUGUACAUAAAUACUCUGAAGGUAAAGAGCUGCCUGAUUAUAAAUAAUAUGGUGGGCCGUUUAAUAUCGCUCAUAUCCCAGAAGAAGGGGUUUAAGUUGAAUUAGAUCAAUCGGAAAUUGAAAUAAUUGAUAAAAUUGCUAAUUUUGAAACAUAGGACGAUGAUCCUCUCAAGGUUAAAAUGUCUUGUUUCACAGAAAUUAAAUAAAAUUUAGUAAAAAAUGAAGCAGAUUAUUAUGAUUAAUUCAAAAAUUUAAAUCACAUAAUUGAAGCAGAGAAGUUUUUUUAAGGAAAUAAAGUUUCAAGCUAUUCGGAAAUGCUUCAAAAAAUUCAAAACAAUAAAUUAUUUCCUAAAACGUUAGGUUUAGUAAAAAGUAAUAUUUAAAGUUAGUACUAAUCAAAUGCUUCUUCUAGGAGAAAUAGCGAAAUUUUAAAUAAAUAUGAUUAAAAUCAAAAGCUUCAAACCUAGGGAGCAAUUGAAUCUUCUCGGUCAAUAGCAUUAUCUAUAAAUACUCCAAAAAAUAAAAAUAAUUUAAGUAGAAUGACAUCUAUUUCUUUCAGCUAAAAGCCAAGCAGCAAAAAUAUUUAACAACCUCUAGAAAGAACAAAUUCAUAAUACUUUAAUUUGAUUUCAUCAGCAAUUAACAAAAUCUAAGCAUAGUAAAUAGGGUCUUUAGGUAAUUUGAAAAGAAGUGAAAGCUAUAUGAACUUUUAGAGUCGAUAAGAUUCUCCUAUUAACUCUCCUAUGAAUAUUGAUAAAAUUAUAAAAACUUCUAAAUUUCGCAAAGGAAGUUUUUCUAUUGCCAAAAAUAAUUUUACUGCUGAGAUUUAAAAUAUGAAUUUAGGUUCAAAUAAAUUUAUUGAAAAUGAAAAGCAGCAAGAAGAAAUCGAUGCCUCUUUAGAUAAAAAAUAAGAAACUCAGUCAAAAAAAAAGAUUCCUUUUUUCAUGAAAUUAAAAAGUUAAAAUAAAAAUAAAUAAGGGAAUUUUUCAUAAGAUUUUAGUAAAGAAUUUUAUUAAAAAUAGCAAAUACUCACUGAAGCUAGUGAAAGAUUUAUUCCCAUUAAUAGAUAAAAUACCCAGCAAUCUAUAUCUUCUCGCUCAGAGAUUAUUAUGAAUAAUUAUAAAAAAAAUAAUAGUAAUUCACGUUAUCCUAUGAAUUCAGAGUAUAUGGAAGAAGAAUAACUAAAUUUAAACUACUUUUCUAUUAAUGAUAAAUAAGUGGAUGUAGUGAGCACAGUAGUAAGUGAAGGAAAAAAGUAUAAAGUUAUUAAGCUAAGCAAAAAUAGGAUAACUAAUGAAGGGCUAUCUAAUUUUUUACAAAAUUUACCUUCAAAUAUUAAGAAAAUUGAUAUAAGUUAUAACUCCUUUAGUCAUGUUGGAAUAAUACCUUUAAUAAACAGAAUUAGUAAGUCAGAAUUUACAUAAUUAUAAGAAAUCAAUAUAGAAGGCAAUAACUUAGGAGAUAAAUCAAUAUCUAAGCUUCUAACAUCACUUUAUGAUUAUACCAAACUGUUAAAAUUAAAUAUAUCAAAAAAUUCUUUAACAAUUGAUUCCAUCCCAUAUCUAGUAAAUUUAAUUACUUAAAGCUCCUGUAUUUAAGAGCUCUAUCUAAAAUGGAAUAAGUUUAAAUCAGAAUCUGGUUAAAAAAUAGCUGAAGCUCUUAUGGAAAAUGACACUAUAAAAGUACUUGAUUUAUCAUAUAAUUCUUUGGGAAUUUCAAAUAACUAGAAAUGCUAAUUUUCAAAAACAUUUGCAAAGCUAAUUGAAAAAGACUCUGACUGUAGCAUUAUUCAUAUCGAUAUAUCUUAUAAUUAAAUUAAUUUUUAAGAAUCUUCUAUCAUCUCUGAAGCACUCAAAAAAAAUUUUACAAUACUUGGGUUCCACUUUAACGGAAAUUGUGGUUUUAUAGAUAAAUCUGGAUUUCUAAUUCCUACAAAAGACGUUUCAAAUUUAUUAAGCCCACUUGAAUCAAAAAUAUAAGGGGUUAGAAGGCUUGAGUAAUCAAGUCUUAUGAUUGAAGCUACUUAAGAUAAUUGCUGGAUAUGCUAAGGAUGGGAAGAAAAAAAGUUUAUUUGGAGACCUAUGAUUUCAGGGUAAGUAUAGGUAGAACCAAUAUUUGUCCACAUUAGUACAGAACAAUAUACUCCUAAAAAAUUGGAAAAAGAGAUAAAUGGUAACUUAGUUUAUUAUGUCUAUAGAGGAAUGUUCCCUCCUAAUACAAAGAUUAACUAUUUUUUUACUUCAAAUGGUCAUUGUUUGUUUGCCAAAGAACAAACAAACGAGGAAAUAAACUUAACAAACAUUUAAAUCAGCUACAGUGAUGAAACCACUUUAAUCCCAUAAAUACAGAUAGUAAAUACUUUUACUACCAACAAAAAUAACUAAAUAAUUGAUGAAUCAAACUAUCAAAUUAAAAUAAAAUCAAAACCGAGAGUAUAAAUUUUCAAAUAUCCAAAACCAGAGCUCAAAGAGCUUUAAAUUAUUUGGAACUUAAGCUAAUCAUUAUUUUAUGAGUAUUAAAAUGAAAACGAUGAAUAAUUGAUUGAAUAAUGCUUUGAAUUUGAUAUUAGAUAUAGCUAGAUAGAACACUAUAUUAUGAAUGAUUUCUUGAGCUUUAAAAGGACUAUCAGGAAAUAUUAUAAGUAAAUUAAAGAUGUCUUCAAAUACUAUUCUUCUUACAAACCAUUUCUUGGUGAGAAAUGGACAAUCCCAAUAGAAGUGUUUAUCUAGUUGCUUAGUUCUGGACCAAUAGAGAUCAUUGAUGAAAAAUACCUUAAAAAAUGCUCAAUAGCAGUUAUAUUUGACUAAACUAAUUAGAACGAAAAAAAAAACAACAACAUACCUCCGAAAUAAUUGGCGAGGCAUAACUUUUUACUUGCAAUUUUAAGAGUUGCUGAAAUUAAAUAUUUGCAGUCUGGUUUAGCUUAAGACCAUAAGACAGCCUUUGAAAUGCUAUUUGAAAAAGGAUUUUAGCAAGUUUGUAAUUAAGUUUAAUGUGAACAUCUUUGGAGGAUAAAUAAUUUAUGGAAUUAAGAAGUAGAUUUAGUCCUUUAGUAUUAUAAGCCGUUAAUUAACUACUUAUUUAAUAAGGACUUAAGAUAGCUAACUGUAGCUUUUUAUUUAGUAACAACAUAAGUUGACUGUAUUAACAAAUAUAAACAUUUAUAUUUGAAUUUACUAGAAUUCUAUGAAGCUGUAGCUAGGCUUGCAAAUUUACUUAUAAUAUACCCAGUAGGCUUUGAUUUUUUGGAUGAGAGUACUCUUUGCUAUUUUAAAGAUAUGGAUAUUUGUUGCAAGUUAGAAUCAAUGCUAGUAAAAAUCUUUCAAAAAAGAAAAAAUGAGACGAAAACUCUUUCUGAAAUAACUGUUUCAUAAACUUCUCUAUUUGAUUAAAAGAUUAGACAAUUCAUAUAAUAAAAAUAAAUAUUUAAACCAAUAACUCAAAAUAAUUAAGAAUAAGCCUAGACUAUUACUACAAAUAUAUAAUUAUAAGUUUCCUCUUUAAAAAGAUAAUCUAUUGUAUUACCAACACCGAUAGAUUAUGCUUAGUCUACAUUUUAGCAUAGCAACCCUUAAAUAUUUAACACAGAUGAUAAAUGUUCAGAAACUUUUGACUCUGUUAAAAGCAAUUUUGUAAAUGGUUAAUUAGUACGUAGAUCAGGUUCAAUGACACAAAACUUUAAAUCAAUUUACUUUUAACCAUCUCCUUAAUAAGAAAAAUAUAGUAUUGAUAUGCAAGAUUCAAUAAGAAUGUCAUAAAAUAUUAAAUAAAUUAUAUGA